CCUGACACCCCUCCAACUCACACGACCUUCCCACCUUUCACCAUACCAUUCACUCUCCAAAGCCGUGGAUUCUUUCUGUUCUUUAUAAACACCUAGAUUGUUCUGCUUCUUCAGUGCAGUCUCUCUCACAUUUCCGAAUCUGCUUCUGCAUUCUCUCGCAAUCCGCAUUCGAAUCAGGCUCCCUUUGUUUCUCCACCACCGCAAUCACGAUGCCUCUCUUCAACGUCACUCUCAAAGAAAACGCUUCUCCCGAAGAGCUCAACAAGGCCAAGGAGAAGGCCAAGGCCGAUGGAGGAGAGAUCAAGCACGAAUUUACCCUGAUCAAGGGCUUCACUGUCGAGUUCCCUGAUGACAAAGUCGGCGUCCUCCAGACCAACGAGCACAUCCACGUCGAGCAGGACAGCGAGGUCAAGACCCAAUGAUCGGGCCGGGCAGUCUGAACAUCCAAGGGGAUUGACUGGGGGUUUUUACAAUGGACUCUUCAGCAAACUUUCAAUUCACGAGCUUGAUGUUAUACCAAUCCGACUUUCAUGAGCUUGAUGAGAACGUUGUCACGACUGCAAUGGACAUCCGCGGUAUACAAUCCCAGAAACUUGAAAGGUCAAAGAACGCACGGGUCUGAAUCGGGGUUUGGUGGACACGACUUGAACCGGACAUCAUGGGCUAAGAUGACACAAUAAAACCAUAUUGAAUCACGUCCCUGUACAUCUGCCCGCUCUAAAAAUCCGUAGCCCUCCCG